GUUGGUAAACUGCCCGUUGCCCUCAGGGCCACUGACAAAUCGAUGCCUGCAGUUAAACGUUCGCUCUCUGGCUGUGUCAGCUGUAGUUCGGACAAUGCCUUAGUCACUUGCUCAGUAGAUUUGUUCUCUGUCUUCAAAUGAGUACUCACUAGCUCAGUCAAAGAGCUAAUACUCUCGUCACUGGUUUUCUGAGGGCAGUCAACAGCAUCUUUCGUACCAAACAAGCUGGGGAUUACAAAGGGCUUUGGGGUUACACCGUUUGAACGCGUACCAAAUAUGUUUGGUACCACAAAACUUUUCACAUUAGCAGUCGUCGUUGUUUUGUCGCCAAGAAAUUUCAAUGCAGCGCAUUUCAGGCUUGAUGAGUUGUCCAUUUUUCACGAUUACACUCCUACUUUUUGGAAACUUGGAAACCUCACAUCACAAUAUUCAAAUUUGGGGCCCUGCAGGCAUUAACUCAUUAAAAAGACUAUUUGAUAGUUGCUUUGAAAGACAAGUAGGUUUACUUUGAAGAAAAAGGAUAAUGGUGUUGACCAUAGAUGAAGACCUAAUCAGCCGUUGUGUCAUUUUGUACGAUUUGUUUACAUUUACUUUUUGGCUUUAAAAAUGUGUUUUAGAGACGAUUUUUGGUCAAACUAACCCUAUUUCACUGUAGUUGUCAAACCAUUUUGAUUUACAGUUUUUUGCAAGGGUGGGUUAAUAAAUGGGCCUAAAAAUGAGUAGAAAGCUGCCACUCGUUGUAAUUUUGGGGCCCACAGGGUCAGGAAAAACUAAGCUAUCGCUUGAAGUGGCCACGAAGUUUGGGGGAGAAAUUAUAGGAGCAGACUCCAUGCAGGUAUACAGGGGGCUAAACAUAGCAUCGGCCAAGGCCACUGAAGAGGAGCAAGCUGUUGCCCCUCACCACUUAAUCAACAUUCUGGAACCCGAUCAGUUGUUCACAGUGCUCGAAUACAGAAAUCGAGCUGUACCAAUCAUCGAAGACCUGCUUAAGUCGGAUAAACUGCCAGUGGUUGUAGGAGGCACCAACUAUUACAUCGAAUCCCUGUUGUGGAGAAUCUUAGUACAAAACCCAGAGGAAAAAGUGCUCACGCAGACUGGAAUGUUACCCAGCAAUCAGCAUGAACUGGCCAGUUCUGUGCUUCACGAGCAGCUGAAAAGGUUGGAUCCUGCAAUGGCCAGGCGGCUGCAUCCAAACAACAAGAGGAAAAUCUUGAGGUCCUUGGAGAUUUUACACCAACGGGGAAAAAAACACAGCGAAAUCAUUGACGAGCAAUGCCAGACAUCAAUGUCCACUUCAGGGGGCGGAUUACGCUACGACAAUGCCGUUGUGUUCUGGCUUCAGUGCGAUCAGGACGUCUUGAAUAAAAGGCUAGACGACAGAGUGGACAAGAUGAUUGAAGAAGGUCUGUUGGAGGAGCUUUUGCAUUUCCACAAGGUUUAUAAUCAGCAACGAUUGCUCGAAGGCGGUCCCCCCGAUUACACGAAAGGAAUAUUCCAGUCCAUAGGUUUUAAAGAGUUCCAUUCCUACUUGAUUCUGUCCGAGGCUGAAAAGACCUCUGAAGUAGGAAGGAAACUUUUGCAGCUCGCCAUUGAUGAACUAAAAAUGGUCACAAGGCGCUACGCCAGGAAGCAAAUCAAGUGGAUGAGUAACCGGUUUUUGAGUCGAAAGGAUCGGCAGGUGCCGCCGAUAUACGCUCUGGACACCAGCGACGUGGCGCAAUGGACGCAAAAGGUCACCAAUCCGGCUUUUCGCAUUGUGGAGAGCCACAUUUGCGGAACCCUCAGCACCAUCGAGCCUCUGCCUAUGCGAGACACCGUUUCCGUUCCCAAUUUGCUGGAUGACUCCUAUCUCUGCGAAGUCUGCAACCGAAUUUUCGUAGGAAAGCACCAACGGGACAUUCACAUGAAUAGUCGCAAGCACAGAAAGAUCCUUGCAAACAAAGCCAAACAGCAGAAAUUGUCUUUGGCAAGUAACGAAGAAGCAUGUGGAAGGUAGUGAAAUAAAACACCCAUAAAGCGCU